AUGGUUCGGGACGCUUCCUAUGGUUCUUCUUCAGAAUCAGACGGGGAAGCGGAGGGCGUGAGUGGGGAGCCGUGGGGUGUCGCAAGACUGUUAUACGCUGGCCUAGCAACACUAGCUGUCGGUCUCGUCGUUUACUUUGUUGGCACCGGCGACAAGGGUUUCAAGACUCCUGCGCUUCGGCUAGUGGGUCCGUCGCUCAUCGUGGCCGGGCUCGCUUGUUGUCUACUACGUAUUAUGUUUUGCAUAUUUGCGAAACCUUGUUGUCGACGACGGACCAACUACAAGGAGAACAGAAGACUCUCGGGUGGCGCGGAGGGCGAAGAAAUGCCGUUGGCUGGGGGUACGAGUGGACCUCGAGCUGGCCCCGCACAGUGUUCGCCAGCAAGGCGGCUCGACGCCUCCUCGUGCGAUGUGUCCAGCCUGUCCAGCGGCGAAGAAGACGAGCGAAUGCGUCGAUAUCGCACUGCAACCGCUCAGCCGCAGGCCAUCAUCGUUCAACAGGCAAGUACGCAUUCACAAGCACUAAAACCGCCUGCGGUCAGCUCGGCGGGUGCGGUUUCGCCAACAGCCGUUCCAAGUACUUCAAAUCCAGGCGGGCGCCGGCCGCCACCACGGAACGUAUCCUUCGCCGGUGGUCCCGACGGCGAAAUCGUACUCUGCCCCGCGCAGUUGCCCUCCUAA